UAUUAAUGCAAACUAUGCAAAUGUGUCUUUAUUCCAUUAUGCAAUAUAAACAAAGUAGUUAGUAAGUAUUUAGUUGAUGGUGAAGAUGAGGAUGAGUAAGAUUAUGGUGCCAGGCAUAAGGGAAAGAAAUAAGAUAAUAAUGCAUCGCGAGAAUAAUGUGUAUACACUCAAAAAUUGACUUUAAUUUAGAAAUGUCAAGUUUAUUCCCCAAAAUAUAUUGACUGUAUUUUCAUAAUAAAAAGCAAAUCCUCCUCCUAUUGGUAUAUUUAAUACCUAUCCCUACUAGUAGAAAUUCAACUCAACAAUAUAUAUAUUCUAUCGACCUAUUGAACGUAUUUAUACAAAAAAAACGAACAACAUUUACUCGUUUUUCUUUGUAAUCCACUUUAUUUUGAAAAAUGCAUUGCUCAACAUCCGGCGCUGACAACCUUCCAUUCAAUCCAUGCUCCGUGGCUCUGGAUCUAUUGAGCAGCCUAAAAAACACGAAGCAAAAACCGGGGAUUCGGUCUGCCUUCCUCCGCUGUCAGUCAGACACAUUAAAAUAACCAUAGUCCUUUUUUUACAGACGUAUCUAGCAGUCAUUAACAGUGACGUUUAAUCUACCUGUGCACGUUCUGCGGCUGUUGGUUAAAUGUGACGUUUGAGGACAACACAGACAAUCGGGCGCCGGGCUUGUCGCUGCAGCUUUGCGUCAAAAGCAGCUAAAGCUAAACCGUGGUGCGACAAGUCAGCAAGAAAUACGCGUUAACAGCCACGUUUCCAGACAGACAGCACACAGGUUAUUUUGGGUACGGUUGCUGUCGUGCACAUGCUGUGUUUUAGUGGUGUGAGCUAAUCAAACAUCUGUGCAAAAGCUGUCAGAAGAAAUAGCAGAUUUAAACUCGGUAUUUAGGGGUCGCUUUUUCUCAAUUACCAGCUUUCUGACUUGGACUUUAACUACACAUUUUGGAAAACAGGUUAACAAAUAAUAGGAGAUUUAUUUAAUUGCGCAAGAUUUUGUUGGAUUUAAGAGGGGCCUCAUAGCGUUUAACACAUGAGGCCCAGUUGACAAAGAUGGACCUGAAUUUUUAUUCGGAUUUAACGGACGGUACCGGGCAGCACGACGGUGACCCAGAGUUUCUGGACCCGCAGGCUUUCAAUGGAUUUGACUCAGACAACAAGUUUCCUGGAGGCAGUGACAACUACCUGACCAUCUCCGGGUCCGGGCAUCCCUUCCUCUCCUCCUCAGAGUGUGCCACUAAACCCAUUGACCUCUUCAACCUCGCUGGAUCUGCUGGUGGAACCUUCCACACCCCCAGCCUCGGACGAGAUAGCGAGUUUGAUAUCACCUCCCAUCUCUCAUGGAUCCCUGACUCCGCCAUCACCGUUCGAUGUUGUUUCCCAUUCGGGGAGUUUGUCGGGACUCCGGCCCCCCCCGACAGCGUGGUUGUUCCCGGGAACGCCGUGGGUGGAAGGAGACGACCCCCUCGUUCGGCUCCACCUUCGUUCAACGCCCCGUCUCAGGGCCUGGAGCACCUGAGUCUGGGAGUCAUCAACCAAUCGGGAGGGAGCGCUCUGUUGGGGUCCUCACUGGGAAUGGACCUCGGGCAUCCAAUCGGAUCUCAGUUCAGCAGCUCGUCCCCGGUCACCAUCGACGUCCCGUUGGGGGACAUGAGCCAGGGCCUGCUGGGGUCCAACCAGCUGACCACCAUCGACCAAUCAGAGCUCAGCGCCCAACUGGGGCUGGGUUUAGGAGGCGGGAGCAUGUUGCAGCACCCCCCGUCGCCCGGCAACCGUCUGUCGGCCACGGCGUCGCCCACCAGCUCGCUGCAGGACGACGACAUGGACGACUUCAGGACGAGCGCCCUGGUGGAGUCUCCGGUCUCUCUGGCUGUUUCUCCCGGAGUUAUCUCUCUCGACCCGUCGAUGUCCGACUCCCCGCUGUCCGCCCCGAGCUCCAUCAUCUCUCCGGCAGUCGGGAGGAAAGGAGGCGCCGGAGGGAAGAAGGGGAAGAAGAAGAAAGACCCCAACGAGCCUCAGAAACCUGUGUCGGCCUACGCUCUGUUCUUCAAGGACACUCAGGCCGCUAUCAAAGGACAAAACCCCAACGCUACCUUUGGAGAAGUCUCUAAGAUAGUGGCGUCCAUGUGGGACAGUCUGGGGGAGGAGCAGAAACAGGUUUACAAGAGGAAAAACGAAGCGGCAAAGAAGGAUUACUUGAAGGCGCUGGCCGAGUACAGAUCCGGACAGAUUUCUCAGUCUCCUAUUGAAGUCAUGGACACCUCCUCAUCGCCUCCAUCACCUCCACCUACAGUGUCUCUCUCCGCCGCCGCCAUGGCAACAGCAGCUUCCAGCCUGGCCGCCCGCAACACCCGCUCGCAGCAUUACAACCCGGAGGAGAACACCAUCACCAACAUCUGCACCUCCAACAUCAUCCUGGACCUCCCUCAGGUCACCACGCGCUCUCGAACCGGUGCUACGAAACCUCCGCCUCCUCGAGCCCCUACGCCCCCUCUGCCCAACCCCCCCACCGUCACUAAGAUCAUCAUCAAGCAGCUGCAGCUUCCUUCAGGUGUGGUUUUGACGUCGACCACGGCCCCCCGCCAGCCGCCCCCCCUCCAGCAGAUGCAGAGCGCCCCCCCGCCCCCCCGGCUGCAGCUUCACGCCCAGCCGCCUCCACCUCUUCAGGCCAAACCUCGAGCCUCAGCUCCUCCUCCGCUGCAGAUCAAGGUGGUGCCGAAGCAGCCGAUCAUCGUGACGUCGGCGGGGGAAUCGCCGUCGUUUUCGGGUCUGACGGAGGAGAUGGGGCAGAUUGGGGAUGAUUUGAUGACGGAGGGAGAGGAAGGAGAGGAAGUGGCGGAGGAAGGGAUGGAGGUGGAAGUGAACGUAGCCACGGUCCCGAGUGUGCCCCCCCCCUCCAGCCGUAACCUCUGUGUUCGCGCCGGCUGCACGAAGCCCGCCGUGGAGAACAAAGACUGGGACUUCGAGUACUGCAGCAACGAGUGUGUCGCCACGCACUGCAGAGAUGUGUUCAUGGCCUGGUGCGCCAUCCGAGGGCAAAACUCCACCACCGUCGCAUAAGGAGAGGACAGAUCUGACUGAAGAGAAGUGAUACACGGAGAGAAAAGGACAAAGAAUAACACAUGAAAUGCAAAAUAGCCGAGAGAUGAAAUGAAUGAAUGAUCAGGCUCAGGUAUCGGCACAUAAUGGUCUGUUUUAUCAUGCCUCAUUGACGACGAGAACCAAAAGGGGUUCUGUCACAGAGGAAAGUAUUCGUAAAAUCACUACAAUAUACUUUACUGUAAUCGACACAAAGCAACUCUUGGAAACACUGCAGUGGGAAUGUCGGAUCACAAUAAGGACGUUACGCUGAAGAGAAAGCAGAAGUAGAAGAAACUUCCAAUUCAUCAUCUAUUGUGAAUCUCAAGUAUGGACUUGAUAUAGAAAAGGUUUUAUAUGAAAUAAUGUUAUUAAUUGUUUUGAAAGGAGAAAAAAGUACAGAAAGGAAAUCAUGAAUUUUUGAGUUUAAUUGUAUUAUUCUACAGACUUCCACUUCAUAUGUGUACGCUCUUCCCUUUACUGUUACAUUGAGGAUCAACUGAAGUGAAUGUAAUCUAAAUGUUUCGUUGGUCUUCGGUGAUGUGCUUUUGGCGCCGAGUCGUUACGUUACUGGUUUUACGCACAAACCAGCAACAACUGGGCAAAGCACAAACAAUAUUUAAAUGUCAUUUCGAGCCAUUCAAAGGGUUACAUGUUAGUGAUUUUGUGACAACGUGGAAAUAAAUCUGCCACUGCGAGUUUGUCACUUUUUAAUAAGCCACCCUUUGAGGGAAAUAAACUACAAUCAUGUGAACGGUGUCUAUUCAAACUUUAAACAGGUGCUAAAAUCCAGUAGAAAAUGUAAAUUUCGCAUUUUCUUUUUGCAAUACCCUAAAAGAGAUCUUUUUGUGGUGCAAAUUGGGUUUGAUGAGAAUCAUUUGCGGUGACAUUUAAUUGAAUCUUGGAUUGAAAUAAACUCACCAGCUCUGACAACGCUACUGUAAGGGGGAAAGGGAAUACUACAUGAAGACGCUUUACUUUUUAACAUUACAGUGUUUAAUUUAAGAAAUCUGAUUUCAGGUCUGAAUAAUUCUGGUUGCUUCCAGAAAAAUAAAACUGUUUCCAGUCGGAUGAAAAUGCAGAAAUCUGUUCUGGUUUAUUGUAGAUAUCCUGGAAAUGUUUUUAAUAAUGAAAUAAAAAAUAUUUUAUGUUUUAAUAUA